UCUCAAAUUCUGUUUAGUGUGGCGUCCUUAGUUUCUCGCCGUUCCCAGACGCUAGGAAGCUGGAGAGGGAGUUUAAGAGGACUUUCUGUGCUGCCCCUUUAACUCCCGAACAACGGCCUAGUCCUUUAACAACACCGAACAAUAACGCCGAUCUCACAACCACUGUGAUCCGGUUCUCUGAUGCUACGGAAGAAAGCGGGAGGAGAGUUGUUCAAACCUUGCUUCUGAUUCUGUGCUGACCCAAAAGACAAGCUCAUGUUACAAUCAAAACGGUGCGCCUUCGAACGGCAAGUUUCUUCUGCGAGGCUCGGGCGGACGCCUGCGCAAACUGUAGAGCCGAGCUAUGGCGACUGAACAUCCCCCAGCAGAGGGAGCACAGCAGCCGGCCCUCUGCUCUGCCACCCAGCGGGCAAAAGAACCGCAGGAACCCAACUAUGCCCUCAGACUUACUCUUGAAGGGCACUCAGCGGCCAUAUCGUCAGUUAAGUUUAGUCCUAACGGAGAAUGGCUAGCAAGUUCUGCCGCUGAUACGUUAAUUAUAAUUUGGGGGGCAUAUGAUGGGAAAUGUAAGAAAACACUCUGUGGUCAUAAUCUGGAAAUAUCAGAUGUUGACUGGUCUUCGGAUUCUAGCCGUCUCGUUUCUGCCUCAGACGACAAAACUCUAAAGUUAUGGGAUGUGAGAUCUGGAAGAUGUUUGAGAACACUCAAAGGGCACAGUGAUUUCGUCUUCUGCUGUAAUUUCAACCCACCAUCCAACCUCAUCGUUUCGGGAUCCUUCGAUGAGAGUGUGAAAAUAUGGGAGGUGGAAACAGGAAAGUGCCUCAAGACCUUGUCUGCUCACUCGGAUCCCAUCUCUGCCGUACAUUUUAAUUGCAGUGGGUCCUUGAUAGUGUCGGGGAGCUAUGAUGGUCUUUGUAGAAUCUGGGAUGCUGCCUCGGGCCAGUGUUUAAAAACACUCGCUGAUGAUAGCAACCCUCCCGUGUCUUUUGUGAAAUUUUCUCCAAAUGGCAAAUAUAUUCUCACUGCAACUUUGGACAGUACUCUUAAACUGUGGGAUUACAGCAGAGGCAGAUGCCUGAAGACAUACACUGGCCAUAAGAAUGAGAACUACUGCAUAUUUGCCAGUUUCUCUGUGACUGGUGGAAAGUGGGUUGUGUCUGGCUCCGAGGACAACAUGGUUUACAUCUGGAACCUUCAGACUAAAGAGAUUGCACAGAAGCUACAAGGUCACACAGAUGUUGUGAUCUCGACAGCUUGUCACCCUACAGAAAACAUCAUUGCAUCAGCGGCAUUAGAAAACGACAAAACCAUCAAAGUGUGGACGAGUGACUUCUGAAGUCACUGGCAACCAACUG